AUGGCCUCACCCGCCCCGCCCACGGCCGUGCGCCCCGACGCGACCACCGACGACGAGCCUCAUCGGCGACCGAUCUCGACCACCGCUCGACCUGCACACGCCCAGCUCCCCAACGAGCCCUCCACGAGCGCAGCUCAACGCGCUCUCGCCACCGCGCCACCCGCAAACGGCGUCGCGCCCGCCGACGACGACGCGUCCUCGCCCUCGACCUCGUCUCGCUCGUCGAGGAGGACUCCCUCGCGCAGGUCCCUCGCAGGAGCGAGCCGCAACGGCGGCGCACCUCCACCGCAACCGGGCACCUUCCUCACCCGCUUCCUCGGCACUUUUCGCCCGCCCACCGCCUCGGAACCAGCUCGACCCCACCUCCCUCGCUCCCUGUCGAGCCCUGUACCGUCCGUCGUCCGCGCAUCCGACCCAGACGUCGUCGACCCGCGCCAGCUCCCGCCGCCGGUCCCGUCCACCUCGACUUUGGCCUACCCGCACGGCGGCCCCACGCCCUCGACCGACGAGCACCUCGCGCCGUCCACCUCGAGCAGCUUCGCCAAGCGCCUGCGCCCGAGCUUUCGUCGCCACGCGUCGGGCGGCGUCGGUCAGCCGUCGAGCCCGUCCGGCUCGCCCGCGAGCUCGCCUGGCCUCGCAGGCUCGGGCAGCGACGGCGGCGCCCUCUCGCCCGGGUCGCCCGCGACGCUCCGAGGGCUCGAGCGCGACCCGAUGGACACGGUCUACGCCCGCAGCGGCGUCGGCGCCUCGACCCCGGCCAGGCGCGACAGCAUCAUGAGCCAGCGCACGGUGCAGGCGCACGACCACGCCUACCCGUCCGGCGCACCGAGCACGCCCCUCGCCCCGAUCGACGAGCCCGAGCUGCCGAGUGCACCGCCGCGCCUCGAGCAGUCGCUCGAGCUCAUCGCGACCCUCCUCCCUCCCGCCCUCCUCCUCCUGUCCCAGUUCGGCCCGACGCACCUCUUCUCGCCUCCCGUCCAGCUCCCCGCCCUGUUCGAGGCGACCCUCGACGCGUCACUGAGCCGCAAGUCGAGCAUCUCGUCGGCCACCGGCUCCAACGCCGUCCUGUCGUCGGGCGCCAGCAUCGCCUCGACCGCGACGAGCAGCACGACGUCGGCCGCCGCGUCCUUCUUCUCGGGCCUGCACAUGGCCGACGCCCUCCUCCCGACCCACUCGCACGAGUUGCACGCCCCGAGCACGCUCUCGAUCCCGGCCGUCUCGGCGGGCGCCAUCUGGCGCCUCUUUCGCGGCUUCGAGUGGAUCGGCGAGGUCGGCCGCGGCGCGCAGCCUCUCCCGCACUCGCCGCUCGCGCCGCACGAGGGCGGCGUCGGCGACGGUCCGCCGCUCGAGCCCGAGGACGACCCGGAGCAGGUGUUCGACUUCCCGGCGCUCCUCCAGGGCGUCGCCGACGUGCUCGCGGCCGACGCGGCCGCGCGCGGCAUCGAGCUCGUCGUCGGGCAGGCCGGCAGCGGGUCGGCGCCGAGCCCGGUGACGACGCCCGACGUCGCGACGGCGCACAAGGGCGAGGGCGGCGUCGGAGAGGCGGGUGCGGCGGGCUCGGCGGCGGCGGCGCCGGCCAAGGACACAGAGACGAGGGAGCUCUUAGUGAGGGCGGACGAGCGAGCCUGGAGCGUGACGCUCAUCUGGAUCAUCCACCACAUUCUUGCCGGCGCGGCGACGGGCUCGACUGUCGACGUGCGCUUCAUCGCGACCGCCGCGACCCCUCCCUCUUCCCCGACGCCCUCCCGCAGCUCAUCUCCCGAGCCCGACGCGCGCCCGUACCCUCCCGCCUUUUGGCCCUCGCGCCCGCAAAAGUGGUGGAACGUCUCGCUCGAGAUCCUCGUCACCGCCCCACCUCUACCACCCUCGCCCCCGUUCGUCGACGAGAACGCGGCCACGCCUGCGCCCGUCCACCUCCCGACGCCGCCGUUCGACACCGCCUUCGCCCGCUCCCUCUUCUCGCUCGUCCAGCUCCGCCUCGCGCCCUCGACGCACAACUCGGUCUCGGCGCGUUCGUGGGCCCUCGAGGCGCUCCUGCCCGCCGCGCGCCCCAAGACGCAGUCGAUCGCCGACGACCCGUCGACGCUCCUCGGGCGCCGGCGCGCGAGCCUCGACCUGACGGUCGGCCAGGAGCCGUCGAUGGACGACCUCAAGCGGUUCGCCGAGACGGCGCUCAAGGGCCACCGCGUCGCGCUCCACGCCGGCGAGACGAGCGCGUUCGCCAAGGACCUGACGACGUACCUCGCCGGGUGGGGCAUGGACGUCCAGCACGUGCCCGUCGUCAACAACGGCUCGCUGUCGGGCGGCAGUGCGGCGUCGGCGUCGGACGCGGGCAAGUCGUCGAGGGCGAGCGCCGGCGCCGGCGCACGGUUCGACUCGGGCUUCGAGACGGCCACGUCGUCGCCCGGCGCGACGGCGUCGUCGAGCGACGCCCUGCCGUUCGACGCGGGCACCAUGGGCGAGGGCCACUCGAGCCUCGUCAUCAUCGACGACGACGUCGCGACGCUGCGGCGGCUCCUCGUCUCGCUCCGCACGCCGCCGAGCAUGGGCCCGACGCUCAUGGCCAAGCGGCCGCAGCUCGCCGCGCGCCGGACGCGCUCGAGCCCGCACGUCCGCCAGCUGCACCAGGUGCAGCAGGGCCUGUCGUCGCCGCAGCACGCGUCGCAGUGGGUCAUCAUCCAUUUCGCGAGCCUGACGCACUACAAGGCGAUCAAGGAGCUCGUCCAGGACACGCUGUCAAUGUCCAAGAGCCUGAGCAUCCCCGAGGUCCUCGUCGUGCCCAAGCCUGCGGGCCCUCGUCGCGUCAUCACGGCCAUCUGGACGGCCCUCAAGCGUCCCGCCGUCGACCCGUCGCUCGCGCCCAUCGCCACGUCGCCGACCUCGCCCGGCAUCCAGUACUGGACGCCUCGCCUGUCGCCCGCCCUCAUGAGCGAGCACGGCUUCGACUUUGGGCACAACGAGCUCGCGAGCAGCAAGAGCGACUCGGGCGUCGCCAACUCGUCGCAGGGCAAGCCGCGCACGCCCCCCGCGUUCCACCACGCGGGCACCAACGGCAGCACGAGCUCGGCCGUCCCGCCUUCGCCGCUCGGCCGCAUCGACGACACCGAGGACUCGUACUUUUCGACCGUCAGCGAGGAGCUCAAGGACACGACGCCGAGCGAGGGCAUGGUCGUCCAGAGCCCCGACGGCCGCUCGGGCAUCUUCUUCCAGCCGCAGCCUCGUGGCUCUCGCGGCUCGGGCGACAAGCAGCGCCGCCAGAACACGGCCGAGCGCGAGCGGCGGGCGACCUUGAGCCGAGAAGGGUCGGACGACGCGACCGAGCAGGCGACGAGCGCGCAGCGCGAGUUGCCGCCGGGCCUCGUCUCGCGCAUGAGCACGGCGACGCCGCACGAGAUCGGCCUCGGCUCGUACGUCUCGGGCCGCCGCGUCGCGUCGAGCGGCUCGGCAGCGAGCGGGAGCGGCGGGUCCGCGGGCGACACGUCACCGCCGGGCUUGAACGCGGCGCUGCGGCCCGGGACGCCGGCGCUCACGCUCGACUCGUUCAUCACGGCCGCCAAGUCGCGAGCGACGGGCGCCGACGUCUCGCCCGAGGAGCUCCCGCCGGCGACGGCCGUCUCCUCGAGCCCGCUCGCCGAGGGCAACUCGCGCCAGCUGCCGGGCACGCCGUCGGCACGGUCGGCCUCGACCCGUCGCAGCAUGAGCGGCUCGAACGGCACGUCGGGCACGGUCACGGCGACCCAGUCGUCGCACUCGGCGUCGCCGCGAGCGUCGAGCGGCGCCCAGAGCCCGCUCCAUUCGCCGCGGCGCAACCCGGCGAGCGCCUCGGCGUCGCCCGUCCCGACACGCUCGUCGACGCCGCCCGACACGCAGGGUGCGGCGGCGUCUGCCGCGGCGGCGGCAAGGGCGCUCGCGGCGUCGUCGAAGCCGGCCAUGCCCAAGCUGCGCACCCGGGCGAGCACGGUCGGCGGCCCGCCGAGGAACCGCAGGCGGUCCAGCAGGAAGGGCACGUUGCCUGCGGUACCGCCCAUCAGUGUGCUCAUCGUCGAGGACAACCCCAUCAACCAGACGAUCCUGUCGAUGUUCAUGAAGAAGAAGGGCAUCAGCUACAAGGUCGCCAAGGACGGCGAGCAGGCGGUCCAGAUGUGGAAGAAGGGCAACUUUCACCUCGUCCUCAUGGAUAUCCAGCUCCCCGUCAAGGACGGCAUCGAGGCGACGCGAGAAAUCCGCGAGCUCGAGCGGCAGAACAACAUCGGGACGUUCAUCACGACGCCGACCUCCGACAUGGCGUCGCCCAUGUCGAGCGCGAGCAGCGGCAACCCGUUCAGUGCCCCGGGCUCGCCGCUCCUCAGCAUGCCCGUCAUCAUCGUCGCCCUCACCGCCUCGUCGCUCCAGGCCGACCGAGUGAACGCCCUCGCCGCCGGCUGCAACGACUUCCUCACCAAGCCCGUCUCGCUCGUCUGGCUCGAGUCCAAGCUCGUCGAGUGGGGCUCGAUGGCCUACCUGUCGGGCUUCAGCCGCAAGGCCGCCGAGGCCUCGGACACGUCAUCGAACCCGUCGAGCACCCGUGGCUCGACGCCGAACCGGCCCAUGUCGCCCGCCAACAAGUCCAAGGCCAACGCCGAGUUCACCGAGAACGUCACCUCGCGCGCCGACAACAUCUCGCAGCACCUGCACAUCGAGCGGCCGACCUCGCGCGCCAGCUCGCCGAGCGGCCACCGUCCCGGGCUCGACUCGAUCGCCGGCUCGCCCUCGGACUCGCCCGAGGCGUCGCCGCCUACCGGCGUCGACAAGGUCGCCGGGCAGCCCAUCGCGAGCGCCGCCGUCGCGCGCCACAACAACCCGUCGUUCACGCUCACGUCGCCCACGCCCGAGUCGACGGCGGCGACCAAAGCGCCGAUCCCGGCCCUGCCCAACGUGCCUGCGACACCUGCUCCCGCCGCUGGCGGCGACGCCAAGGAGACGCUGGACGUCGUCGAGCAACGGCUCGAGGACCUCAUCAAGGAGCAGGAGACCGGCUCGAUGAACGAGCGCGACCCGUCGGCGCCGCAUCGUCCCGGCCCGACGCCGCUCUCGCCGUCCGUCGUCAUGGCGCCUGCCGACCCGCCGCUGGACGACGUGGUCGCCGAGAGCCAGAGGCUCAUCCAGGCUGGACGUGGGCGCGCCAACAGCGCGAGCUUCGGCCAGGCCAUGUCCGACUCGGGCCAUACGUCGGCCGCAUCGUCGCCGGGCGCCUCGACGCGAGCCGUCCCGAAGCUCCCGACCAAGGUCCCUCCCCCUUCCGAUUAGCUCCCCCUUUUCCCCUGUCACCACACUUUCUCUUCCUCCCUCUCCUACUCUCUCGUCUUUCAGCAUCUGUUCGGACCCCUUCUGUUUCUCUCGUCGAUUCUCCUCAUGUCGCACCGCCACACACACGCACAGGCACGCUCUCCCUCUCGAUACCCCUAGCACGCUCUCCUCGGACUCGCUCUCGCAAUCCAGCCCAUUUCUCGCACG